CAAUAUCUACUAAUUCUACUUACAGCGUAGAUCUAGAGCCUAGAUUUAACUCAAAAGUAAGAUAAAAAUUCAUAUGCAUAGAUCUAUAGGAAAAUAGUUUAUAAACCCUUACUUACUCUAGGCCUACCUUAAAGUUUAGAGAUGAUGAUCGGACGGUUUUAGACCUCUAAAGUAUGAUCUAAUGUAGAUCUAGUCUUUAAUAAAAUCUCAUGUUUAUCAUCUGAACAAUGAAGUAUACUAGAUAGUCUAGCUUUAAUACUUGUUUCAGUUGGGAAAUUUUGAUUUUCUCUAAAGCUAAUUUCAAAAUCCGUUUCCCUCUCCAGCCUCUCGAAUUUGAAGCCAUGGCACCACAGUGACUGAGAAGUUUAAAUGGCGGUUCCUUAUUGCGCUAGGCAACAGCUAACUCUGUGUGAUGCGGUUCUCCCGUUACAAUGCAGAAAUGUGGGAGAUACGUAGUUCUGCCUGAUUAAUCAACUUCUACUUUCGAAGAUAUUGUUCUAAUAAAACUAUCAGUCUAUGUCAGACUCCAUCAUGGAGACCAUACCCGAAGAAUCCUCUACGUUGAUCACGUCUUCGGAAUAUAAGACGGAAGAGGAGCCUAGAGCGAGGUCAAGGGUCAUCUCCGUGGAACCUGUUGUGUUUCUGAGUCUAGCCGUCCAAGGUGUGCUGGUCAACCUUCGCACCCAGUAUGUUGAGGCUCGCCUGGCUGCUGAUUAUAAUUACACGCUACCUGAGGCAGGGAACUGCUCCUUAGCGAAUAAGUCAGCUGAUGCUACAGGUAAAGAGAUAGAGUCCGAGACUUCAUUAUGGGUCAUGUACAUGAAAUCGGCAUCAGUUUUCAUCCCUAUUUUCACUGGAACGAUCCUGAUCGCUGCCUCUGACAUCGUCGGCCGGAAACCCAUCCUGAUCAUCAAUGCCUUUGGCCAUCUUCUCGCCUCGACCAUCUUCAUGCUCGUUGCCUGGCUGCACCUCCCGCUCAUUGUCACCGUUGCGGCAGAAUGCAUCCUAGGUCUCGGCGGCGACUCUAUUGUCUGCAUAAACGUGUCGUUCGCGUACAUCGCCGACACGAGCACCGGGAAGUCACGGGUCACCAAAUACACAAUCCUCUCGUUCAUGAUUUACAUCGGAUUCGGUGGGAGUCAAAUCCUGGUUGACCUCAUCUUGCAGAAUACGGGGAACUACAACCUCACGUUUGGAUGCGCUUGGGUAUUCGCCUUCCUUUACGUCCUUAACGUCUCGAUCCCGGGCAUCUUACUCGAAACUGUGAAAAAUAACACAAAGUUUAAGGUAGUAGCAACAGUCAAAGGCCUCCUAAAAAGUUUUGUCCGUCUUGUAUCGGUAUCAGAGGACAGGAGACAGUCAAGAUUGGCGCUUCUAGUUAUCAUGUACAUGGUUUACACCAUAAUCAACGAGGCUAUCUUUGCUGUUAUAACCAUCUAUGGGAUUGGUCAACCGUUCUGUUGGUCACCCACUAUGGUCGGGAUCUACAAUGUCAUUGUGAAUGCAUGUCCUGCUUUUGUUGCCAUGGUGGUGAUCAAGCCGUUACUAUUCUGUAUGUCUGGCUACAUCAUAAUGCAGGUCGGCUAUCUAUCUGGUAUUGCUAUACUUAUUGUUUCAGCCAUCGCAAAGACCUCCAAUAUUCUAGUUUAUGCAGCUGUAGCUGUUGGUUCGCUGAGGACGAUUCCCGAUUCACUCGCAGAUUUCUUCCUCUCCAAGAUGGUCUCCAAACAUGAGCAAGGGACUGCCUUUGCGCUGCUCUCCAUCACAUCAUCAAUUGGUAAAGUGCUUUCCCCGAUCCUGCUGAAUGCUGUCUACGCCAAGGCAGUUCUCCUUGACUUCCCUCAACUCACGUUCUACCUCGCAGCAGCCAUCUACCUCAUACCCAUAGUCUUAACAGCAAUUUUACAGUUACUUAGUCAUCCCUAUGAUAGGAAGAAUGUGCAGAUACAAGGAGAGACAGAAGAACAGAAAGCCCUGGUGGAAGAUUAACAGAUGGAUGAUCAUUUGGUAAAGGUUGAGUAAAAAGGCUGAUUAUUUACUGAAAUUCUGUUUACUUUAUGAAACAUGAACUAAGUUCAAUGGUUGACAGAAUGUGCAAAUAUAUUAAGGAGAGACAGAAAAGCAUGGUGGAAGAUUAACAGAUGGAUGGUCAUUUGGUAAAGGCUGAGUUAAAUGAGCUGAUUAAGUUUGGUUUGCUUUAUGAAAUAUGAGCUGAACACUAUGAAAGACAGAACUGGCAGAUACAAGGAGAGACAGAAAUAAAGCUCUCAAAGGAAGAUAAACAAUUUGGUAAAGAUUAAGUAAGAUAGACUGAUUAUUACUGAUUUGGUUUAUUUUAGGGCAAUUC